GGGAAUCCAGGACAGCCACUGGUCCGCCGGGAUCCCACCGCCCUCCGUCACCGCGUCCACUUCCGUCCCCGAAGGAGGCGCCUCCCCCUCGGCUUGCCCCUGACCGUCUCCCCUGUGUCCCGCGGGGCUGCGGCGUUGCCCGCUCCGGUCCGGCCUCCUCCGCGCGUAAGGACAGCGUCCUUCAGGCAGUUGGACGAGCCCGACAUAAACAUCUCCAAUGGCUAACGAAGCUCGUCCUUGUCCGUGUGACAUUGGCCAUAGAAUAGAGUACGGAGGGUUGGGGCAUGAAGUUCAAGUUGAGCACAUCAAGGCUUAUCUCACCAAAUCCCCCGUUGACGCUGGCAAAGCUGUGAUCGUCAUUCAAGAUAUAUUCGGCUGGCAAUUGCCCAAUACCAGGUAUAUGGCAGACAUGAUUGCAGGAAAUGGAUACACAACCAUUGUUCCAGACUUCUUUGUAGGGCAGGAGCCGUGGCACCCCUCAGGGGACUGGUCCACCUUCCCGGAGUGGUUGAAGACAAGAGAUGCCAGAAGGAUCGAUAAAGAAGUUGACGCGGUCUUGAAGUAUCUGAAACAACGUUGUCAUGCCAAGAAAAUUGGCGUCGUGGGAUUCUGCUGGGGUGGAGUUGCUGUCCAUCACGUGAUGAUGAAAUACCCAGAAUUCAGGGCAGGGGUGUCCAUCUACGGCAUCAUCAAAGACUCUGAAGACGUGUACAAUUUAAAGAACCCCACGUUGUUCAUUUUUGCUGAAAAUGAUGCUGUGAUUCCUCUUGAGCAGGUCUCUUUGCUGACUCAGAAGUUGAAAGAAAACUGCAAAGUGGAAUAUCAAAUUAAAACGUUUUCUGGGCAAACGCAUGGGUUCGUGCAUCGCAAGAGAGAAGAUUGUUCGCCUGAAGACAAGCCCUAUAUUGAUGAGGCGAGAAGGAGCUUGCUCGAGUGGCUGCACAAGUACGUGUAGCCAAGGCCAAGGGCAAACUUUCUCAAAAUAGCUCGCAUCCAGAAAUUUGCUUUGAAAUGCUUAGAUCAUUUGAUUUCAUGUUCACUUUACAGAAGAUGAAUCAAGGAAUCCUGAAAUUCAUCUGAAACACAAAUUCAGUAGGAAAAGUUAAUGUAUGAAAUACUUUAACCUUUAACAUGUGCAUAAAUAAAAAUUUUAACAACA